AUGGCUUCAAGUGCCACUUCCGUGAACUGUUGCCGGGUACGUUCAGAAGGACUAGGAGAAAAUUAUUUUCAGAUGUCCGCCAUCUGGAACGAGGACAAGAAUGCUUCUGUUCACAGUCACCCAAAUUUUGAAUUGGAUUUAAAAAAAGUAAUUGUUUAUUCAACAUUAAGACAAUUAGGACUUAUAAUAAGAAUAUUAUCAAUUGGUUCUACCGAAUUAGUAUUUUUGCAUUUAUUUAUUCAUACAAUAUUUCAUUUAAUAUUUACAUAUGUAGAUAGAUAUAUACAUUAUAUAUAUAGAAAUCAAGAUAUUCGAUUAUAUUAUGGUAUGUAUUAUAUUUAUCCAUUAAAAAGAAUAAUUAUUAUUUUUUCAAUUUUAAAAUUAUCUGGAUUAUGUGGAUUUCCAUUCUUGAUUGGUGAUUAUUCAAAAGAUUUGAUUAUUGAAAAUAUAUACUAUAUUUGUUUUUCAUUGUUCAUUAUUUAUCUCGAAAGUAAAUCGAUGAUAUCAACGUUGAAUUUCAUAAUUUCAAAUGUGAUACGAUUGAAAUUUCGUCAAACGGUAUUAUUUUUAAUCUACGUUUAA